GCUGUGGCCGAGCCUACGCGAUUUCACUUUUUGCUCGCUCUUUUUUCGCCGUGUUGCCCUUCCCUCUCAUCCUUCUCGUGUCUCUUUUCUCUCCCCAUCGUUGCCAAUUGGUGGCCAGUCCUCCCGCCUGGGAACUCAAUCUUCGUCCGACCUUUGCUUCUUCCUUUUGUCGAUUGCGGCUGUGAAAAAGUCCCAUUGAUGUGCUGGACCUGCAUGGGAGAGGGUGGCCGGGAGAGUUUAUGGAAAUCGUCAUUGCUUAGGUACACGCCAAAGUAUGAUAGUGGUGACAGAACUCCCAGCCGGGCCAGCCACGGGGCUUCGUGUGUCUGCUCAGAACUUGAGAACAGACAAUCGGGGCCUACAGCAGUAAAAAGAGACCAGCUUCAGCUUCAGCCAAGCCUCCCCAACUAG